GAAAAGUCUCUUCUAAAAACCCACCCAGUUCUGCUUUUAUCGCAUUUUCAUAGAGUUUUCACAUUUCUCACCUCCACCAACAAUGAGGCUGCAUGUAACACUGGCACUUCUCGGUGUGCUUUUCCCUAAAGCGCUGGCACUGAAGUGUUACCAGUGCAUACCAGAGCUGUACAAAACCUGCAAAGAGACGCAGGCCGACUGUCCGGAUCAGUGUGCCAGCAAAACCAUCUUCAUGAACACUGACGGUGACAAACAGGAGAUCAAUACGAAGAACUGCGCAAAAGCAAAGGAGUGUGUCAGUGGGAGCCUAAACCUGGGGUUUAUAAAAAUGACUGUCAACUCAAAAUGCUGCAACUCUGAGCUCUGCAACAGCCAGAAAGUGCCAGUUUUGCCACAGGGCCGUCCAAAUGGCUUGAAGUGUUACACCUGUACUGAUAAAGACUGUUCACAGACCGUGAACUGUGAGGGAGAUCAAGAUCGUUGCAUCACUUCCACAGUCAACUCUAGUGGUGUUCAGCUGACUAUGAAAGGAUGUGGGAACAAAGAUCUUUGUAGAGGGGACGCAUUCAGCUCUGAGGAAGCUGGACUCGUUGGGGACAUGAGCUGCUGUGAGGGGAACUUUUGUAACAGUGCAAAUGUUAAGCUGAGUCAUCUCAUCAUGUUGGGGCCUCUGCUCUCCCCCAUCCUCUUCCUCUGAACUCUCCACUGCUCCUUUUUUCACAUUUUUCUAAUCUAUCUUUUAAGACCAGCUGUGCUGUGUAUUUGUAACCCAAAUAAACUGAAUAAACAGUGUGGAAACUAUUAA